AUGGCCGAAUUCGUAUCAGACAACCCUAACAUUUUUGAGGAAUUAGGGAGAUACCUCAAAAGGCAGGGGAAAGAAAAGGCCGAGUCUUCCAAGCGGAGGCCAACGAAUUCUCCUGAAGUGCCCUCAGGUGAGGACUCUGAUGAGGGGCGUCUUUCUCGGAGUACCUCUAGGCGCACCUCUUCCAAGGCAACCUCCAAAAUUGCCUCCAUCUCCCUGGCGUUUUCCCGGGGACUGCUAGGGAAACGGGCCGAGGACCCACCUCGGCGUCCCGGAAGCCUAGCUUCUGACUACAUGAGGGCUCCGCCCUUCACUGAUGACAUCAAUGGGAAAAUGGUGCCCCCGAAUUUUAAACUUCCAAACUUGCACACCUAUGACGGCCGAAGUGACCCCGAGAAUCACCUCCGCGCCUUCAUCUCCGCAUUCCGACUCUACUGCGUCCCCGACGCCGUGAUCUGUCGGAUUCCCGGCGAGUCACUGCGCUCAUAUGCGCAGAGGUUCAAUGAGGAGAACGUACAGAUACCUGAUCAAAAUGAGCAAGUUAUCAUAGCCGCUUUCACCAACGGGUUGAUUGCGGGAAUCUUCAACACCGAAAUACAUCGAGACUACCCCCGCACAUUUCGGAAACUUUGGGAACAAGUUGACCAAGGAAUCCAAAGUGAGGACGUGAAUCGCAUGAAGCGGAAGGCCCAAGCAGCCCGUACCGGGCAAGAAUCCCGGAGGAGAAAGGACACCGGCCGAGCUGAACAAGGCCCCGGCAGCUCAUCCAGCCAGUUCCGAGACCGCCGAAGCGUCUUCGAUCGGAUCGUGAAGGGGAGGUCGUCCACCUCGGAUGCCGAGCUGACACCCCUCAAUUCCAGCCGAUCCCAUGUUUUGGCUGUGAUGAGGCAGAACCACCUCGGUCGAACUCCUCCUGAGAUCCCAGGAAGAAGGGAUAAGAGGAAUUCCAACCUCUACUGUGCCUACCACCGAGAUGUGGGGCACGAGACCGAAGACUGUAAUGACUUGAAACGAGAAAUUGAAAAUCUGAUCCGACAAGGAUACCUGAAGCAAUUCGUCCGUAAAGAUGGGGGCUUCAACCGAAGCGCCUCCCACCGGGAGAGCCGAGAUCCUCACCGAGAAGACAGGCGGGACACUAAGUUUCAAUGCCGAGAUCCCGAGGACCGAAAGGGGGAUCAGAGGCCUCCACGCGACGGAUCACCAGGCUACGGCCCAAAUAUUGUCGGGGUGAUCAACACCAUCUCGGGUGGCCCCACGGGAGGAGACAGCCAGAACUCCCGAAAAAGGACCUACCGCCAAACCAGUAUGGAGGUGGCCGAGCCAAGUUUCAAGCUGUCCGAGGAUAUAACCUAUGGUCCCCGUGACCCUGUACCCGCCGCCUCCAGUAAUCACGAGACCCUCGUGAUCGAGAUCAUUACUAAUAAUUAUAUAGUCAAAAAGGUCUAUGUUGACCCCGGAAGCUCGGUAGACGUCCUGUACUACCGAACUUUCGAGAGUUUGAAGCUGACCCGGGAGCAAUUCACUCCGGUCAGAACUCCCCUUGUCGGUUUCGGGGGACACGUCGUCCACCCGGAGGGCAUGGUGACCCUGAUGGUAACUAUCGGGUGUCAUCCACGCUGCCGAACUGUGCUUGUCAGUUUUGCGGUGGUCAAAGCAGACUCCCCCUACAACAUGCUGAUAGGCCGGCCCACGCUCAACGCCUUGAGAGCCGUAUACUCCACCUACCACCUGAGUUUUAAAUUCUCAACACCUGCGGGGGUGGCCGAGGUGAGCAGCGACGUGGGCGCCGCCCGGGAAUGCUACCUCGCCACCAUUCAAGCAGCAGUCACACCCCGCCCUUACCGAGGUCAGAAGAAAAGAGACUAG